CAAACCUUUGAAGUCUGAGGUUGUUUUUCGUGAUGUCGGAACUGUCGACUAUAGAUAAGUUUGGUAGUUAAUUAUCGAGCGUGAAUUCUAGUGACUAGUAAAGAUAUUGUGAACCGAAAUGAAUGAAACUGUUAAAAUAAAAUCAGAAGCGGACGAGGCGUCCGCAGAGCCAGCAAUUCUCACUACGGAACUCGCAGCAAUACUUCCGGCCUGUAGGAGUGAAAAUUCAAUUCAAGAUGAUAUGUUAUGUCCUCGAAUCGAACAGGAUUAUAGUGCCAGUUGGGCAAAAGAAUGCAUUCCACUAGAGUCAGAUGAAAUUGAAAUGAAACUGGAAAUUGAGGCACCUACUGUAAGCAUAGACAGUCCAGAAGAAGAUGUCUUUGGGAACAAAGCAGACAAAAAUGCUGGGGAUGUUGGUGGAAGGACGAAAAAAGGUGCUGCCAAACGUCGUCUUCAGACCAAACAGAGUGCCGCGGACAACAAGCUAAGCAGUGCACCUGUCAUACAGCAUAAAGUCGAUACCGUGCCCUCCAAGAUCGAUGCAGGUGCACCAAAAAAUCGACCACACAAAUGUGACAUUUGUGACAGAAGGUACUGCUCAAUAAAUUAUCUCGAGAAACACGUUCGUGGACACGUGGAUGGAUCAGUCGUUAGUUGUAACAUCUGUGGUAAGGAUUUCAACGGGAAAUAUGCAGCCGAACAACACGAGCGCCGCCAUAUGACCGAGCGACCGUACAAAUGCGACAUCUGUGGAAAAACGUUUGUGAACAAAUAUUAUCUUCGGUUCCACAUGCGCAUCCACAACAACGACCUUCCACACAAGUGCCACCUUUGUAGUGCCGGAUUUUUCGCUAAAGCAACACUAGUCAGGCACAUCCGAGCACACACGGGGGAGCGACCUUUCAAGUGUGAAACUUGCGGAAAAAGGUUUGUGGCUGAGCCAUACUUUGCCAUUCACCUGCGCAUGCAUGCGGGAAAUCCACUCUACAAGUGCGAUAUUUGUAGUAAGGGUUUCAGCAGUAAGAGUUCACUAAAUGUCCACAUCAGAACCCAUACCGGGGAGCGACCAUUUAAAUGUGCUGUCUGUGGUAAGGACUUCCAACGUGCGGAUAUUUUGAAAUUUCAUGAGCAGCUUCAUUAUGCAGAGAAUCCUCUCGAGUGUGAUGUUUGUGGGAAAAAAUUUGCAAUAAUGAGACGAUUGGAAAAACAUGCGAAAACUCACCUGGACAGUCGACCUUACAAAUGUAAGGUUUGUCAGAAAGCGUUCAGUGCUCGAUAUCUAAUGGUACGGCAUAGUCAAAUUCACACCGACGAGCGUUCGCAUAAGUGUGAAACGUGCAACAGGGGCUUCCUAUCGGCUUACAAACUUAGAAGACACAUGGAAAUGCAUGCAAUGGAAAGCUACGGUAAGAAACCGUUCGAAUGUCACAUUUGUGGAGCUCAGUUCGCGACAAAGGGUAGUCUUCGGAAGCAUGAAAAACAACAUUUCGCAAGUUCGGACGAUACAUAGUACCGAUACGGUACAACACCGUUCUUGCAGAACACCGACUGAGCCGAUAAGCCGCACCAAAGUGAUGUCUGCGAUGAGGCGUUCGAACGCCACGCAAGCUAAUCCACGGGACGGAAUGAAACCUUACAGAUGCGAAACAUGUGAUCUUCAAUCUCCCAGGAAUGCAGGUCUGAAGAGGCACAUGCUCAUUCAUUCAUACAGGCGAAUGUGCGAUCGAGAGUAGAAAACGAUGAUAUAGAAAACACAAUUUUUACCAGGUCAUAACGUGUAUGUUCUACUUCAAUUAACCCACCAUAAAAGACAAAAUUCGCCUAUUAUGUUUUUAUAUCAAAAAUAAAAUUCUU